AUGAUGUCUUCCAAUGUGUAUAAGAGAUUUAAGUCUUCUGAAGUUGGUUCAGAUAUUACGGUUGUAUCGAGCAGAGAUGAGGUAAAACUGAAAGGCAUUAAAAUAAGUAAUGAAGGCUACAAAAGGUCGAUAAGCUUAGGGUAUGAGCCUGUUGGAUUAGAAUCAAGAUAUUCUAGUAGACGUAUUCACUCUACGGGCACUUAUACUGAUAGGAGAACUAUGAAUGAGAUUAAAUCUGAUGAGAAUGAUUUUAAGGGGAUUAUUGAAGGAAUUAAAAUGAUGUUAAUCUCUACAAGGAGAGCCAUUUGGGAUACUAUCGGUAUGAAUGGUGAUGCAUAUACUGAGAAUUUAAAUGAUGUUGAUGUUGAAAGUUGGAAUACAACAAGAAAUUUAACUUCUUCGUCAGCGAUGGAUAUGAAUGAAAAUACAGACUUAAGAAAUAUUAAGAAUGUAAUUGAUGAUGGACCUGUGGUACCAUACGGUAGUUCUUUUAUUCGAAGAAAUAAACGUUAUCGAAGAUCUAGGCAAAGUAGUUUGGUUCGUUCUAUACUUCAGAGCCAGUAUAAUGAAACCAUUUCUAUUGGGAAUACAUCUCAAGAUGAGUAUGAAAUACCACCAGUACUAAUUGAAGAAAGAAAAAAACAAUUGGAACUACUAGACAAUGAUAAUUUGAAAGAUGAAGGUCUUAGAAAUGCCAUUUGGGAAUUAACAGAAAAAAUCAAGAAUUUUUGGUCAAAUGACAAUUCUAUUACUGAAACAUCUACUAUAGAAGAAACUAAGAAUAAUAUCGAUGAUGAUCAAGAUGUUGUAAUUCUAGGAGAACGCAAGUGUGAUGUUACUAGAAGAGAAAAUAUUCCUCCCUUUGAAGAUUUAAAGUUCAAGAGAUAUAUAGCUAACGCGGAUAAUAAUCCUGCAUUGAUAGAUCGCUAUGAAGGCUACAAGGACAAUAAUCAUGAUUUAAGAAGGAAGCUAAAAGCAAUUAGUGAAAUAACAUUAGUUCCAGAGCUAUCAAAACUAGAACUGAAAAAAGUUUUAGAAGUUUUCAGACAAGUGGAGAAUCGUAUCCUGGCAAAAACUAAGAAUAUUGAAAUUACAUUAAGAGACUUUAAAACUCUAGAUCAAGGUCGAUGGCUUAACGAUACUAUAAUCGAAUUUUUUAUGAAAUUUGUUGAGCAAAACACACCAGGUUCCAUUGCAUAUAAUUCAUUCUUUUACAGUAAUCUCUCUAGAAGAGGUUACGAUGGGGUUAGGCGUUGGAUGAAGAAAAAGAAGGUCAAUAUUCUUGAUUUGAAUAAGGUAUUUGUCCCUAUUAAUCUCAACCAAUCUCAUUGGGUCCUCUGUAUCAUCGAUAUCCCACAAAAAUCGAUAUUGUUUGCUGAUUCACUUUCAGUGGGCCCCAGUUCUACCAGCUUCCAUGUCAUGGAAAACUUGCAAGAUUAUAUUAUAAAGGAGAGUAAUGGUAAGAUAGGAUCAAAUUUUAAGCUUGUAUAUUUAACCACACCUCAACAAGAUAAUGGAUUUGAUUGUGGGAUAUAUUUGUGUUUAAAUGCAUUAUACUCAAGCAAGAAUAAACCUUUAAUCUUUUCAAAGAAUGAAGCAAUGAAUUUGAGGCUAUAUAUUGGUCAUUUAAUAUUAUCAUCAUCAUGA